GCGAGAGUGUGAGUGCAAAUGCGGGCAUAACGGCUUCAAGUGCGUUUACUGUUAGGCCGGCAAAGCUCGUGCGCGAAUGAAAUUGAAUUCGCUGCCAUCAGUCUGCCACAAGCUUGGCUCGCGAGCGGACGCUUUAACUCCACAAACGACGCCAGCCAAAACCAGUUUGUCGCCGUCUCGCCUCGCCUCGCCUCGCCUCGCCACGUCUCGUCCCGUUCUUGUCGCUGGCUGCGCCUGCGCCAAGUGUUUCGUAAUUUCGACAGCGACAGAGCGAGGCAAUAUUUGUGCCAGUUUCUUUUGUGCAGUUCGCUUUUCGGUUCGCGUUUUCGCGGACGCUUUUCAUUUCGUGCGAAUUUGUUGGUUGCCGCGUGUGGAAAUGCUUUUCGCAAUGGCCGCCUGCAUGCAUUGAAGUGUUGAAAUAUUGCCAAUUGCAAAUUGCGGCCAAGUGAUGUGCGAUACGCACGGCAGACGAGGACACAAGACGCUGCUGCUACCACGUGAGAUACGAACGAGGCAGGAUUAUGAGAUCGCAUCUGGCCGUUUAUCGUGCACCAGAAAACGCCAACGGUUGCCAGUUCGCUAGAUACGCGCCCCAUCCACUGCAGCCGCCGGCCAUUUGGAAUGCUGCCGCGCCGAACGCUUGCUACAAUCUGCGCGCCCAGCUGCAUCAUGGUCUAUACCAUGCAGGAGCAGGAGGAUCAGGAGCAGGACCUCCGCCACAACAGCUGCUGGUCAAUCAGCAGCGGAUCAACGAAUGCGCCGGAAUACCGCUCAUCUCGAACGCCUGCAGCCACAUGACCCCGGCGCAGCGUCAUCGGCUGUUGCGCAAAUCGGGCAAAUCCUGGCCAGCCGCCGCCGCCGCCGGCACCCACUCGAUGUCUCAGCUGGCGGCGCAUGCGCAGGGCCAGCCGCUGCUUCAAAAUGGCAACAAACAACAUCAUGCCCAGCUGCAGCAGCAGCAGCAACAGUAUUCGCCGCAAUCCUGGCCAGCGCACGCCUCCAGCUAUCAGCCCAUGCGCCUGAAUAACUUUCAAUUGACGGACAAAACGCGUACACUGCGCUAUCAGAAUUCGGCGCCGGCAGUGCUCAGCGCCCAGGAGCAGCAGAAGACAAUCAACAACAACAACAACAACAGCAACUGUGCUGGCCAGGAGCCGGCGUCGUCUGUGCCGGACACCUGUCUGCCGCGCAUCAUUAAGCCAAGGAAGCGCCGCAAAAAGGAUCGCAAGCCGGCCAACGGCGUGCUGCUCAAAAUGGAAACGGAUUUGCAGCCCAAAUUGCAGCAGCAACAGCAGGCGGCCAGCUAUGGACAGCUGCUGCCACUGGUUAACGGCGGAUCCAGGGGCAGUGGGAUGCAGCAGCACGAUCACAGUCAUGGCGUAUGCUUUUGUCGCGACUGCGAUCCGUUGCGUUCACUGUGGGAUUAUCCGUUGCGCAGCGUGCAGCGCGGCGGCGGCGUCAGCAACUCGUCGAGCAACUCGUCCACGUCCACGCAAUCGGACAACUCGUGCGCCAGCUCGAUUCGCUCGCGAAGUGUGCCCAACAAUUUUGAUGAGACGGAGCAACAUUUUGCGCCCAUCACCGGCGACAGCUGUCGCGCCGAAAUUGUGGGCGUCAUUGGAUCGCAGCGCAGCCACGCCCAUUCCACGCCCACUCCAGCAACUACAGCGCCAGCAACUGCAGCUGCAGCUCCAGCUUUGUAUCUGAGCGACUCCAGCGAUUCGGGCUAUGGCGACAUCCUGAGCGGCAUGAACCUGGCCAACGAUCUGUUCGCCAGCUGCUUUGGCCCUGGCAUCGCUGCCGACGCCAACGCGGCCGAGACGCUGCUCGACGCGAGCAUCAACGAGAUAUCGCGCAAGCUGAUCGAGACGUGCGCCGUUAACGACGUCGACGGCGGCGGCGGCGGCGGCGAUUCGAGUUGCGCCGGCGACAGCGACAGCGGCUCAGCGUCGGCCAGCGACAGUGGCUUGGAUAGCGCUGGCAGCUAUAACUCAGAGGCGCUUGUCUUCAAUUUUGAGCAUUUGAAUCUGAUGGAUGCGAGCUUUGGGACGCCCACAGCUCUGGAUUGCAACAACAACAGCAACAACGACAAGCAACAAUUUUACAACAAUUGCUUCGACUUGGUUUGGCGCAACAACAACAGCAACAACAACAACAAUUGCAACGACAGCAGCGCCACGCCCACAACUCUAAUACUGGGCACAGUUGGAAAAUUGAAGCCCGCAUUUUCCACCAUCUCGUGACGACGAAAUCCAAACCAAAAUGAAGCCCACGCAAUUUUGUAGUUAAUUGCCAAACCCUUUUCUUAUUUUUUUUUUUCAUGUGUGGGCGUGUGCGUUGCAUAACCAAAAACCGUUAACCCACAAAUUAAGCGAAUUGUCAGCUGAAGAGAAAUUCAAUGGCAAAAGAAAUGAAGAAAAAAAAAAAGAGCACGAGACAUUGAAAUUAAUGCGCCAUGGGCGCAACAGCAAUUGAGAGAAGACGCCUGCUCUGCAGACUUUGUAGAUCUGUAUGUGUGUAUGUGUAUAUAUAUAUGUGUGUAUAUGUAUGUGUGUGUAUGUACAGGCUACAGCUUUCACUUUCGCUGCGGCGAAGUCGCUUUGUUUUUGCCCAGACAAGCGGCGAGAUUCAAACACAAAAACAAAAA